AGUGUCAGGACCAAGACGUCGGCCAUCCGGGGGAAAAAGCGCUGAUACCAUGUUCUUGUUAAGUACGCAUGCCUGCUGACCUGCUGCUUUGGUCAAGUCUGGCAGGCCGCCGGACCGGGCAGGUCCUGCUUGGCUAUUCUUUUUCUCUCCAUUUUCCCCAGCCAACGCAAUGAAUGUCGAGUCUCGGUGCGGGCGCCGAGACAUUUGUCGCGUCCUCUGUGACGUACUUGCUCUGCUGGAUGUUGGGGUGGGUUGCGUGGGCUUCGGGCUGCAAGCAGCCUGUGCGUGUUAUGAUGCCGGGGUUGUUCGAGGGCGAGGAGGCGGCGCGGCCUGCCAGGCUUUGUGCUGCCCGCCAGAACUCGUCAUGGCUGGCUGCUCCGGUGCGACGCGGCAGAAGCUGGCUUGGGCUUUCAUCUUUCUGCUGGCGGCGCGGGAGGUGUCUGCGGCACGGGAGAUGUACCGCGGAGCCGAGAUCAGCUCCCUGCAGGCCACAACGCUGGGCCGCGCUGGUGAGGAUUUCCAGCGUGCCGAGGCGGUGCGCGAGGACGGGUCCUUCUCCGUCCGGACCAAGUGGGCCACAGGGAAGGCGUCAUCGUUAUUAUGGUCGGAUUCAACAAUUACCUUCAGAUAUGUUGCUGGCAACACGUCCGCCCAUGAGCCACCAAAGUAUGUAGAGAUUGAUGGUCUGGACACAAAGUAUCGGCUGAUGCCAGACGGUGCGGCGGUGAUCAAGGAGAUCCAUGGAAUGGACACUGUCAGCAUUGUCGGGUGGCAAGCCUAUGAAGGCGGCAAGUGGGGCAACACCAAGUACGCAAAGGAUGAGGCCCUGUACUUCCGGGCUGACCACAACCCCGCAGUGGGCGAAACCAAGUCCAAUUGGCUUGGCCGCUCGGUGGGGCAUGUGGUCUACCAGGGUCACGGCCAGCUCUACUUCUUCAACAGCAAAGGCGUCCAGAAGGUCAUCGAGGCGGACGAGAUGACCGCUUACCCCGAGCCGCGUACGCAACGCCUGGAGCUUCACAUGGACGGAAGCGGGGCCAAGGCCUUCAGCCAGCCGGACCGGGAGCUGAGCGUCCUGAUCGAUGCCAUGUUGGGCGAGGCCUCCUGCAUGGGCAAGAGCAGCAAGUGCGCCUUCCGGUGCUUCUACGACCCAGACAAGGACGUUUGCGGGCCCGCGCCUUUCUGCCAGAAGGUGGAGGAGAGCACAUCCCCGAGCAUUUUGGCGCCCUUCGGGCAGCAGCAGAAGUGCAAGGCUGCAGGCGCGGAAGAGAAGGAGGCCGCAGACUUGGCGGUGAAGGCGGCCGCGGAAGAUCUGAAGUCGAUGGCCCUGGGCGUGACUGAGGAGCUGGAGGCCGCCCCCGAGAUCAGCAAGUCCAAGGCCAGCCGCAGCACCAUGAAGAAGACUUUGAAGCUGUACGAAAAGGCCAGCGCCAUCCUCAACGUUUGGCAGGCGCUGCCCGGCCGUCUGAGCCCGGAGACCGGGAACUUCGUGCAGGCCAAGCAGCGCGUGGCCCUCACCGACAUGAAGCACUGGCGUGGCCGGGCGGCGGCCCGGAAGAACAGUGCUUGCUGCGCUUGCCCCUCACGGUGAAAGGUUGUCGUGAUUUCAUCUCGCCCCACUUCGAC